GGAAAGUCCCGGGGCUGCAGGAAGGCAAAACCUCAGAGGGGAGUUGUGUCCUGUGAAGGUUCAGAGGAAGCAGACAGCCCCUGCAGGAGUGUUUGGAAGGGUUUGGAAUGUUGUCCCACAGCCUGGCUCUGCUGCAGACCCCUGUCCCCAGCACCUCCGGGAAUGUGGGGUUAGCUGGGAUGUGAUGAAGGCGCUGCUGCUGGCACUGGUGACAGGCUCAGUGUCGUGUCUGAGAGCCGGCCUGGAGCAAAUCCCAUAAACCUGGCUGGGAGUCACCCACACAGCAUCCAGAGGAAAUCCGUGGGACAGGCUGGAGCAAAGGAGUGGGAUUUGUGUGUGAGUCACAGCGGGGGAGGCAGAGCUGCUGGUCAGAGCCACGGACCGAGAGGACGAGAUCGUGUCCAUGGCCGACUCCACCGCCACCAUCGAUGACAUCGAGGGAGAGCUCUUCAGGAUCGAGCGGAUCCGGGAGAUCCUGGUGCGCCGGGAGUCGGAGCUGCGCUACAUGAUGGACGACAUCCAGCUCUGUAAGGAAAUCAGCCGGCUGAAAACAGAGCUCCAGAAGCUCCUGGCCCUGCCAGAGAACCAGAAAUCCAACGAGGAGAAGCAGAGGGAAGAGGAGCUGGUGCAGCAGAUCCACAAGCUGGUGGAAGCGCGGGAUUUCCUGGUGGAUGACGUGGAGUUCGAGAGGCUCAGGGAAAGGGAAGAAGACAAGGAAAUGGCCGAGUUCCUGCAGAGCAAGCUCUCCAAAAGCUACCUCCAGAGAGCAGCUCCCGUGCGAGAGAAGAAGAUGACAUCGAGGGGACAGCAAACCUCGGCUCCCUACGUGACCAAGACGGGCCUGACCCUGCUCAAGGAGUGCUGUGGCUUCACCUGCUCCAUCAUGUAGGGCACUGCCAGCCCCUGGCACAGGACACGGCCGUGGUAGGGGGGCUCACUCCCUCCUGCUUUUCUCUCUCUUCUGCUUCUGAGUCUUUGGGCUCACAGAAGAGCAGGGAGGAUCAGCAGGAAAUAGAGAGAUGCUUUAAAAUA